CGACCUGAAGAACAAACCAGACUGGUCGUUGUGUCAGAAACAUGGCGGCUUUUAGUAAGUAUGUGACUGCGAAAAACUCCUCCAUAGCCGGCGGUAUUUUGCUGGUUUUAUACCUGCUUAAAAGAAGAAGACGGACGGCCAGGCAGGACGGUCGAAAAGGAGGCUCAGAUCUUGUACUGAACGCUGAGAAAGAUGGCAAAAAAGACCGUGCAGCAGUGGACAAAGUUUUUUUCCUCCGAAUCCUCCAGAUUCUGCGGAUCAUGGUCCCUCGCUUUUUCUGCAAGGAGACUGGCUAUCUUAUCCUCAUUGCUGCCAUGUUGGUGGCGAGGACCUACUGUGAUGUAUGGAUGAUCCAGAAUGGCACAAUGAUUGAAAGCGGUAUUAUAAGCAGAGACAUCAGUCUAUUCAAGAAGCACUUUUUUUCCUACAUAUCAGUCAUACCAGGGAUAGCCUUGGUGAACAACUUCUUGAAGUUGGGCCUCAACGAGCUGAAGCUGCGCUUCCGUGAGAGGCUCACAAAGCACCUGUACGACGAGUACCUGCAAGGUUUCACCUACUACAAAAUGGGUAACCUGGACAACCGGAUAGCCAAUGCAGACCAGCUGCUGACACAGGAUGUGGAAAAAUUCUGCAACAGUGUGGUGGAGCUCUACUCCAACCUCAGCAAGCCUCUGUUGGAUAUCGGUCUGUACAUCUUCAAGCUGACGAGUGCCAUCGGUGCUCAGGGCCCAGCAAUCAUGAUGUCCUACCUGCUGAUCUCAGGUCUGUUCCUCACUAGACUGAGGAGGCCCAUAGGCAAGAUGACAGUGACAGAACAACGCUAUGAGGGAGAGUACCGCUACGUCAACUCUCGCCUCAUCACCAACAGUGAGGAGAUUGCUUUCUACAAUGGGAACAUGAGGGAAAAACAGACCAUUCACACCACAUUCAAGAAACUGGUGGACCAUUUGCAUAACUUCAUCUUCUUUCGGUUCUCCAUGGGAUUUGUGGACAGCAUCAUUGCCAAGUACCUGGCUACAGUGGUGGGCUACCUGGUGGUUAGCCGACCCUUCUUAAACCUGUCCCACCCCCGACACCUGCACAGCACCCACUCUGAGCUGCUGGAGGACUACUACCAGAGUGGCAGAAUGCUCCUGCGCAUGUCUCAGGCCCUGGGCAGGAUUGUACUGGCUGGCAGAGAGAUGACCAGACUCUCAGGAUUCACAGCUCGUAUCACUGAACUGAUGAAAGUCCUGAAGGAGCUGAACGCAGGCAAAUAUGAGCGCACCAUGGUCUCUCACCAGGAAAGAGAAUCUGACACUGCAGAGAAACUCACACUGGUGCCAGGAAGUGGUCGAAUUAUCAACAAAGAUAACGUCAUCAAAUUUGAUCAUACCCCACUAGCAACGCCCAAUGGAGACAUCCUGAUCAGAGACCUCUCAUUUGAAGUGAGCUCUGGCACCAACGUUCUAGUGUGUGGACCAAAUGGAUGUGGCAAGAGCUCACUGUUCAGAGUGCUAGGAGAGCUGUGGCCGCUGUUUGGAGGACAGCUGACAAAACCAGAGAGAGGAAAGCUCUUCUAUGUUCCACAGAGACCCUACAUGACUCUGGGUUCUCUGAGGGACCAAGUUAUUUACCCUGAUACUCUUGAAGAACAGAGGAGGAAAGGUAUCUCUGAUCAGGUGUUGAAGGAGUACCUGGAUAAUGUUCAGCUGGGUCACAUCCUGGACAGAGAGGGCAGCUGGGACUCAGUCCAGGACUGGAUGGACGUGCUCAGUGGAGGAGAGAAGCAGAGGAUGGCUAUGGCCAGACUGUUCUACCAUAAGCCCCAGUUUGCCAUUCUGGAUGAGUGCACCAGUGCAGUGAGUGUGGAUGUGGAGGAUUAUAUCUACAGCCACUGCAGGACGGUGGGUAUCGCCUUGUUCACCGUGUCCCACAGAAAGUCUCUGUGGAAGCACCAUGAGUAUUACCUCCACAUGGACGGGAGAGGAAACUACGAGUUCAAGCCCAUCACAGAGGAAACGGUGGAGUUUGGCUCAUAACUGACUCCUGACUGUAGCCGCAAACGCACUGCUCUAAUAAAACCAGUCCCUUAAUUUUUUGCACUCAAGACAGACGUUAUAUCUAAAACUAGGUAUAUUUUUAAUCAUUUGUAACUCUCAGCUUAGUUUCCUUCAUGUUUUCUGUUGAUAAAGCAUUACUGUAGUUCUGUCUAAUCAUUCAUUUUUGAGUGUGAUUGUAAAAGAAAAAAACAACUUGUAAUUUAUAUUGCCAAGUUCUAGGUUGUGUUUUACACAUGCAAGAUGUGUGUGAGAGAAGGUGGAGGUGUAGGAUACUGUUUUAAUCAUCUCUGCGCAUGUUGUCAUACUGUAUGUCACAACAGUAAUAGAGGUUAGCCUGUAGAGAUACUGUAGGCUACAGACUAUAUUGUCCCACUCUAAACUGUACUGCACAGACAAACACUCAUGUACAUACAACAUGAUGCUUCUUAGAUGAACUCACAGUGGUGCUACUGGCUGUCUCUGCUCUAUAGGUUCUCAUUAACUCCCCACUCUCUUAUCAAGGUAUCAAGUUAUCUGUUAACUCCUGCCUUUUUUCUUCUCAAGGCCAAAUAAUGAUAAAAGCCAUUAGAUAAUCCAUGAAGUAAAACAUAACAUAAAGAGACAUGGACAACAAUGUUGAGAUCUCCAGAAAUCCUUGGAACUAAUAUCUUGGGAAAAGUGUCUUUAAAUGAACUAAAAGACUAAAUAUGAUUAUAUUUUGUUCUUUUUGUGGUUUGGUUUUUUCUCUUGUGAAGAAGUAAUAAUAAAGAUGAGCUCACAGGAUAACAGGCUCUAAGAAAUAGGAGUUAACCACAGCUGCUGUUUCUGUAUCUUCAGGAGGCCUUAAUCUAUAAGCAUCCCUCUUCUGUAUAGCUGGACAAAACAGGAAUAUUUGAGACAUGACAGCUGAAAGCAUGACUCAGCCUGAUGCACAUGUGGAGAUUUCAGUACAGCUGUUGUAAUUCAAACAUGGUGCAGGAUUUCUUUCUCACUAAGAAAUGACUCAGUGCUGCCUCUGGUGUUUAAGCUACUUAACAACAGUACUGAGGUAGAAGAGCUCAGCCACCAGUGACAUCACUGCCCUCCAGUGAUCUUCCUAUAAUGCAAUGAAUGUGUGUGUGUGAAGGCCAUCCAGGACCCUGAUGUAUAGUAUGAUUGUGCAUCAGGUGUGGUGCUCCCAGAAUUAAAACAACCAACCAAUGUUUCAAUGGAAUCAUAGUGAUUCACCAACAGAGUUCAGCUUUAAUGGACUCUAACCUGUGACUUGCCACAGUUGACCAACUGCUAACAAUCAUGGCAGUGCCAUACCAGAAAGCCACAGUGUCCAAAAGGAGAGCAGCUAUCAUAUCCAGUUCAUAUAACUCUGUUCCACAGCAGGGCUACAACAUGAUCUGCAGUCAGCUCUCUCUAAAAUGAACUCUGGUAACAUUUCAUAUAGUUAGCUAUUGAGCUAGCCCCCCUCCUCUAAUGUCACAGUGCCACAGCUACAAGGUCAGGGAUUGGCUAAUGAUCAAACACUUGAGUGAUGUGCCUGAAUAAACACAGCUAGCAGGGAAGCUCUAAUAAAGAGGGUUCCCUCCUGAGUUUGGUUUACUUCCAGCAAUUGAUUUGUUCUUCAAACAUCCAUUUUUUAAAGUUUUUUUUAAAUGAAAGUUGUAAGGUGUAGCAGUGGAAUCAGCUCUGUUAGCUAUCAGCAAAGAAACACAACACUAUCAAAUCUGACAUUCCCUUCUCCUUCAUGUUACCUGGAACAUGGGAUUCAUACUGAUUGAAAAGAAAAUAAUAAUUAUUUAACAUUUUAUUCUUAUUAUAAACUUGUUAUGAACCUUUUCCGUUAAUUCAAUUCUGUAAAAAAUUAUUUUUGUGAUAUAAAGACAUCUUCCUAAAUUUUGGAUAAUUCUGUUGAUCUGUAUGAAGCUGAGGACUGCAUCUGAAGUGCUCAUUUUAAUGGAUCACAGGUACAUGAACAUUCUGAUCUGUUAUCACUAAACAUGUCUGUGUUCUGUAAUAUUAAUAUACUGUCACUUUUCUUUUUGAAGAUGUAAAGGAGCCUCAGCUCAACUAAUGGUUUUAUAAUGAUAAUAAUGCUGUUAUGAUCUCACUCUGCAUUCAAAAAUAAACUGUAGGAGUAAUUAA